GAAAAUCUGAAGGUUGAAGGAGGAGAAAGGGAAUAGAGAAAGGAAAAUGUCUUGGUGUAAAUGUUAUGGAGCCAAGAUGGUCUUGUAGACUAUGUCAGGGAACCAGGAUAGUUUUUGCCGUGUAAUGACAAUGACGAGUUCACCAUCCUCAUUGUCUUUCAAUGAUCGAUCAUUGUCUACCAGCAGUGAUUUUUCUGUUGAUAUGAAUUCACAUGAUCGGGGAAAUGAGCAGGAAGGCACUUUAGACUGUUCUAGGGACUGUGUCGGUUAUGGGCUGAGUAGGCAACUUUCUAAGGAAAAGCUGCAAGCCCCUGUAUGCGGUGACCUGUUGCAUAGAAUUAGAAGCAGCAUCCAUAGAGACAUAGCGAGAGAUGUUGAAAUCAUGGAAAGGAGUAAUUCUCAUGAAAUUGGAGACAAUCUCACUGAAAAUAAUUCCAAAUCCUGCAAUGAGAUUGCUCAGUGUCUGGUUGAUGAAAUUGAUCCACAAGAGUGGGAGGCCCCCGAACCUGAGGACCCUUUGGAUGAUGUCGAGGCUAGUUUUCCCCUGAAUGAUGAUGACGAUGAAGAUGAAUGUGAUGAUGGCAUGAAAUGGGGUCAGCCGGGAUCUUUAACUUCAGAGGCCAGCAUUGGGAGCUACAGGUUGAAAGAAGAAAAGCAAAAAGCGAUGGAAGAAGUGAUAAAUGGGAAGUUUAAGUCUCUAGUUAAGCAGCUCCUAAAUACAGCAGGUGUUGACCUUAUGGGCAAUGAGAUGAAUAAUUGGGUAGAAAUAGUGACUUCCUUAUCAUGGGAAGCUGCCUCAGCUUUAAAGCCUGAUGCCAUCGAAGGGAAGGCUAUGGAACCAGAUGGCUAUGUGAAAGUAAAGUGCGUUGCCACUGGUUAUCCUAAUGAAAGUCAAGUUUUCAAUGGAUUGGUCUUUAAGAAGCAUGCUGCGCAUAAGCACAUGCCUACUGAGUACAAGAAACCAAGUUUGCUGCUGAUCAGGGGUGUGCUUGGGGAAUCUGAAAGUGGACUGUCAUCAUUUAACACAAUGGAUCAGGAAAAGGACAAUCUGAAGUCAGUUAUUGAGUCGAUUGAAAUGUGUGAACCAAAUGUGGUUCUGGUAGAGAAAUCUGUUUCUCGUGAUAUCCAAGAGUCUAUCCUUGCAAAAGGAAUUACAUUAAUCUAUGACAUGAAGCUUCACCGCCUCGAAAGAAUUGCUCGCUGUACUGGUUCACCAAUCCUAUCAUCAGAUGCUUUGAUAGCAACUCAAAAGCUAAAGCAUUGCAAAUCCUUUCAUGUUGAAAAGUUUGUGGAGGAAUGUGCUACUGUUGGUGAUGGGGAAAAGAAACCGAAUAAGACUCUGAUGUUCAUCGAGGAUUGUCCUACUCGUCUGGGCUGCACAAUUUUGUUGAAAGGGAGUCAUAGUGAUGAAUUGAAGAGGAUUAAGCAUGUGGUGCAGAUAGCCGUUAUCUGGGCAUAUCACAUGAUUCUCGAGACUUCAUUCAUCAUUGACCGGAAGGGAAUGUUCUCCACUUUCAUACCACUUCCCGAAGCAGCAGCUCAUUCUCAGUUGGGGGUUGGUGAUUCAGGCAUUUACCCAGUAGAAGAGGUGACAUCAGGUGAUUCUGCACCUCCUACCAUUGAUAUUCCCAUUAAUAGUGGAUAUAAUGUAGUAGAAGCUUUUCGUGAUUCGAAUGUGGGAUCAGAACCAACUCCCAGAUUUCCUUACGUUCGAUAUAAUUCCCCUGCAAUAUUUACUGGCUUUUCCUCUCUUUCUGCCUCACUAAAGAGAGUAAUAGGUUCUGUUCCACCUUCAGACCCAUACCAGUCACUUUUUAAUUAUCUUGGGUUCCAAAGGAAGGAAGAUACUGGUCAGGUUACAGAAGGCGUUCCAGUGGAUGCUACUGUCCAAUGUGAUGGGGAGCCUAAUGGUGGUUUUGACAAAGAGCAAUCAGCUGAUAGUCUAGAUGGUGUAAAAGAUGCUGAGAGCCAGGAAGAAUUAAAAAGUGAAGAUAAUGUGAAUCCAGUAUUGGAUUCUCAAAGUAUAUUGGUACUGAUGUCUCGCCGAAAUGCUUUAAGAGGCUCAAUGUGUGAACAUAAUCACUUCUCUCACAUCAUGUUCUACAAGAAUUUCGAUGCUCCCCUGGGGAAGUUUCUUCGUGAUAAUUUGCUCAAUCAGAGAAGUCAUUGUAGCACCUGUGGAGAAUUGCCAGAAGUGCACUUUUACUACUAUGCUCAUCAUGAUAAGCAGCUUACUAUAAGGGUUAAGCGGCUUAUGAAAGCUUUGCCUGGGGAGGCAGAAGGAAAGCUUUGGAUGUGGAGCCGGUGUGGUAAAUGUAAAGGGGACUCGAAAUCUACAAAAAGAGUCUUGGUUUCUGGAGCUGCACGAAGUCUGUCUUUCGGGAAAUUCUUGGAGCUGAGCUUUUCUGACCAAUCUUCUUUUGGUAAAAGCUCAUCCAGCUGUGGCCAUUCUCAGGAAAGAGAUUUCCUCUACUUCUUUGGAUUAGGUCCAUUUGCAGCAUUAUUCAAAUAUUCUCAAAUGACAACCCAUACCAUAUCUCUGCCACCUCAAAAACUGGACUUCAACAAUUCAGUUAGACAUGAAGGUCUGAGACGCGAAUUCGAGGAAGUGUACUCGAAAGGUAUAUUACUCUUUUCUGGGUUAACAGAGGCUUUGAAAAAUUUAAAGUCUCAAUUUGGAAGUACUGUUCUGAAGCUUCACGGAUCAUUGGUAGGAUUCUCUGAUAUUGAAGAGAUGCUAAAGCAGGAAAUGUCCGAGUUUGAGGUGAAUAUUCACAAUGCCGCUGCUAACCAUGGGAAAUCAACCGAGACUGGGAACAAUCUUCUUUCAUUGAAUCACUUGUUGUGGGAGCUUCUCCUCGAGUCAUACAUUUGGGAAAGACGUUUGCAUUCUCUUCUCCUACCCGAUCCUUCAUUACAUAGCACCGAAGGAAACACGGCCAUUUCAGAUGGCAACAAUAAAGCUGCCGUAAAUGGAGAGAAUUCAGAAGGCACCAAUUGUGCAUAUUCAGAAGGAAACGAUGAAUCACCAAUCAAAGAAAUCCCAGUCGAAGGUCCAGUGGAUGGAUUUCCCAACGAAAACCACAAUUCCGCGAGCUCAUCUCCCGUUGAUCAGGAUCAUGAUAGAGUGAAAUUGACUCAAAGUCAUAGUCAAGCUAAUGACUUGACUUUGUCUGGUGUUAUACAAGUCGAAAGAGAUGUACCAAUUGCCUCGGGAGAUGGAAAUGCAUUGAAGCGUGUGAUGUCUAUGCAAUCUCAGGUAUCAUCCUUGGAAAACUCGAAUGGAUGGUUCUGGAAGCCAUUUCCAGAGAUUUUGGAGAUUUACAUGGAGGAUCUUCAGAGAGGGUUCACACCAAAGUUCAAGCCUAUUAAUAACGGCUACACUCUGGAAAACGUGCCUUCCGCCUAUCAACUGAUCACUGAAGAAGGGUCAAGGCUCCACAUACCUCUUGGAAAUGGAAAUGACAUUGUGAGAGACUAUGAUGGCGAGCUCUCCAGCAUCAUUGCUUGUGCACUUGCAUGUUUGAAAGAUCUUCCUUUCACAUCAGAGUUUCUCAAUGACGAGGGAAAAAUUAAUGAUAUUUUAUCACAUUGGUCAUCUGGUGGUUCCGAUUCUGAAAUAAUCCAGUCCGUCGUCAGCAUUUCUUCCGAAGAGUCUGUCUUCUCCAGCUUUAACGGGCUGAAUUUGUUGGAUUCUACAGACCCUCCUGAGACUCUUAGCCCUGAAGUGUCUUUAGGGGUGGCAAACACCCUUGGAAAGGGCAGAUAUUCAGUGGUUUGUGUGUAUGAUAAGGAGUUCCGGGAACUUAGGAAUCACUGUUGUCCUUCGGAACUUGAUUUCAUUGCUUCUCUUAGUCGCUGCAUGAACUGGGAAGCUAAAGGUGGCAAAAGCAAAUGCUUUUUUGCCAAAACACUGGAUGACAGGUUCAUUAUCAAGGAGAUUAAGAAGACAGAGUUCGACUCUUUCGUGAAGUUUGGUCCAGAGUAUUUCAAGUACAUGAAUGAGUCGUUUGAGUUGGGGAACCAGACAUGUCUGGCAAAAGUUCUUGGUAUUUAUCAGGUGAUUGUUCGGCCUCCAAAAGGUGGGAAAGAGAUGAGGAACGAUUUGAUGGUGAUGGAGAACCUAAAUUUCGGCCGAGACAUUACUCGUCAAUAUGAUCUAAAAGGCGCCCUGCACGCAAGGUACACUGCAGUCAUCAAUGACCCCGGCGAAGUUCUGUUGGAUCAGAACUUUGUCGACGACAUGAACUCCUCUCCUCUCUAUGUCAGCACCACGGCAAAACGUUACCUGGAACGUGCGGUUUGGAAUGACACCAUAUUCCUCAAUUCGAUCAAUGUGAUGGACUACUCGUUAUUCGUCGGGGUAGACGUGCAACGCCAAGAACUCGUGUGCGGGAUCAUCGACUACCUCAGACAGUACACAUUGGACAAGCAACUGGAGACGUGGGUCAAGUCCUCCCUCGUGGUCCCCAAGAACGUGCAGCCGACAGUAAUCUCCCCCAGGGAGUACAAGAAGAGGUUUCGGAAGUUCAUAUCGAGCCACUUCCCGAGUGUCCCCGAUAACUGGUGCAGGGUGAAGAAGCCUUGUGAUCCCUGCGAGCUCUGUGGGUUCUAUGAAGAAAGCAUCUGAAUCAAGGAAGGACAACAACAGCAAUGAAUCUUCCUCUUAAUAAUUCCGGGUUAUUUCCCGGGCUUGUUCAUCUGGUUAGUCAUCAUUCUUUGCCAUUUUUCUUAUAUUCACUGAAGCCGGUGUAAAAUGCAUAGUGUAGAUGUUAGAUUGUGUUUGUGAAGUUAAUGCAAGUGAACCACCCAACCAGCCCCAUUGAUGGUAGCAACUUUUUAAGCAAAAUUCAUGGGAGUUGAGGGGAAAUUUCUUUACUGUUUGAUUUUUUUUACUGAAAGGAGGGCUUAUAGCUAUACCAUGAACUAUGGUUAGUUGGUUACUAACUUUUUUUUUUGUAUUUUGUAAAAGCCUUUCAAGAUUAACUUGUAAUGCAAGUAACACUCUAAGAGAGCCUCAGAAGAAACUGAGGCAGAUUGUAUUGAAGCAAUGCACUAUGCAUGAUUAUUAUCUCAAUCCAGUAUGAUCCAUCAAUGUUGGAUUGCAC